GUUAGACAGUGUCGUCAUCAAAAUCUUCCUCUUUAACUUCUCUAGGAGACUGGUGUGGCGCGGACGUCACAAGAACAUAAAAUAUAGAUGGUUUUUUCAUCUCUGGCUCUCUAAUAUUUGUUUAGACUAUAGUGAUUUCAAAUAUGAUGUUUGUAUUGCGGCAACGGGCCGCUGCCUUUCCAACUCGGCAUCUUACAUCAAUUUAUCGCUGUAAAAAAGAAAGAAUCGCUUGUGGUGUCGCUAAAUAUGGUCAAAGUCAGCCAAGUACACUACAAUAUUUUUUAUCCGGUGAGAAGUUUCUUUUCGUUAUAUAGUAUUGCAUACUUCCGGUUCAUUAUUACUUUAUUAUCAAUCUUAAGUAGUGUAACGUAUUCCCGCUUUGCAGUCCAAAAAAUUGUAGAAGGUAAGAUAACUAGAAUAUUAGGUCGUUAGUUCUAGUACCCUACGUCUACAUUGUAGGCACUUAUAUGGUCUGCUUUUGCUCACUAAGCAUGACUAUUUUCUUCCCAAUCUCAUCACCAUGCCCAUGGCCAUACAUGGGUGGCCAUGACGUAAUAUGAAUCAUGAAAGUUGGCAAUCCUCCAAAGUACGGUCCCAAAUUAUUUUGUAUAAAGAACAUUGCAAUACACAGUGUGUAUUGUAAGAAAAAUGCAUGAAUGUCAGUCAUAUCUUUUGCAAAUAACUGUCACUUUACAAAGCAGUCAGUAAAUACUAAAUAUUGUCAUUGGCGCAUAGCUCUUGCAAAUAGCAGCCGAAGAAAACUGUCAGCUUGCCAGUGAAAGGCCCCCAAGUUGCUGUCAAACAGACUGCGACCAGUACCACUCUGAUGGCGGCGUUUACAUUUCGCUUGCAUCCAAAGUCCUUCAAUAGUUUCUGUAUGAAUGACCUGGUCUACUGGAUCAACAAAUGACAGUUUGAGCAUAAAUCCUGUUGUUGAGCUGACUGACAUUUUGAUAGCUGUCCCUGGUAACACAUAAUUAGUGAUAAUGCGCUCAAGUGUUUGUGCAUCUCGACGGCCAACAACCUCCAUCCAACAUCGUCCACUACGGCAAACAUGAAUUUCAAAACAAAUUGAUGCCUAAGACUUUGAAGUACGGAGUGAUUAUUGGAAAUAUUUUGGGACCGGACUUUGGAGGAUGCCGGAAAGUUAAACUAUGAAUAAACAAAGACGGCUGCUUUAUUAUAGUUGCAGUGAAUUAGGGUUUAGGUUAGGUUGAGGGUGGCUAAUCUGAGAACUUUUUGGUGUUUAUUAUUGUUCAGGCUAGGCAUAGGGAUCCAUUUAGGGUUCAGGUUAGGCAUAGGGAUCGAUUUAGGAAUACAUUCGUGAUAUUCGAUAAAAUAGUGACAGUCGUCCCCGUAAAUUACCAAAUAAAGUAAUAAACAGCUUCAGAUGAACCUUUUUCAAACUGUACUGCAGUGUUGGAAAUAAAUACUAAAAUCUACACUACUGUCUUUACUUGGGGAGGGUGGGGGGAGAGGUAAUUGUUGAAGCUGGAUGUGAAGGCAAAAGAAUAAUUAAUAAAAGUAAAAAUUAGUUUAAAAUUUUAAAAAGUCCCAGCGUUUGUUCAUCAUGGCCGCCGUCUCUGUUAUCGUGACCCACGAACUUAUGUCCUAAAUGUAUCCCUAAACCUAACGUCAACCCUAAAUGUAUUCCUAAACCUAACCUGAACCCUAAUUCACCGCAUAAAGAAACACGCAAAUAACGUCAUGGAACCAUCUUUUCACAUUAGCCAAAGGGUCUUAAUUAUUCAUUAUCAGCUAUUUUUUUUAUUAAUCAACUUCAACAUUUCUUUAAUUUAUAAAUCUGUUUAAAAAAAAAAAUUAAAAACGGUCCAUCCAUAAAAACAAAAACAUUUUUUGUUUCAGAUGAAGUGCAAGCAAGACAAAAUCUAUGCAGUUCACAAGCAGAAAAUGUUUGGAAAAGUCCAAAUCUCAUUAAUUCUGCUUUGAGCCAGCAAGACAACAGAAUCCAAGUUGAAGCUAAUAACACAUUCCCAUUAAAAGAUGUCAAAAAGGUGGGCGCAUUUCUGAUCUCUUGGUUUUUAUCUGUGUUCAACUCUGACCAAUCUAUAAAUAUACCUCUUAAUAAAAUUGAUACACGAUAUUCAAAUUUAAAUGAGAGCGACCUGAUUGAUUUCUGAACCUUUCCUCUGCAUCACUUGUAGCAUGAGUAAAUAUAACUUUUCAGUAAAAUAAACUAAAAGAGAUGCAUUUAACUUUAUUAACAGAAAGGAAACAAAUUUUAGAAAUUAUGUAAGUUAUUUUACAUCAAUACACUUUCUUUUCUUUACCAUUUAACAGGAAAUUGUCACCGUCAAUAGCAUUGCAGAUUCUAGUAAGUAAAACUUUAUUGACAAUACAUUUAUAUCACAUAAACCAUGCAGAUAUAAAAUAAUUUUUGAAUAUUUAAUGAAACGAUGUUCCCUUUUUUUUUUUAUAGUAUCAACAGCAAAAGAACCUGCAUUGUCGGGGAUUUACAUUUUUUUGUGUGUGGAUUAAAGGGCUUUGUUUUAAACAUCAAAUUUUUUGAUGCAAUAUUAUUAAAAAUACAGUGUCUUUGAUUUUUAUAGAUUAAGAUAGUUGCUCAUUGAUUUUAACUUAAAAAAUGACCUAGUCAGAUCAGAUAUACAAGGCAACUACUUUCUGCAGUAAUAUACCUUGUGUUGUGCUGGGAAGGACUGUCAAUAUAAGCAGAUAAAAUGGAAGUGUACAAAAAGAUGACGUUUUAUGACUGUAGACCUUCCUGAUGCCGCUUAGCUAAUAAAUGCAUUUAUUCAUGAUUAUUCAUAUGGUCAAAAUCAUGAUUAUAAUUUAAAAAGGAAAUCAUACAAUAUCUAUAUCAGCCAGUAAAUGACUUUUACAUUCCAAUACCUGAUUCAAAGCAUUACUUUGUUUCAUUUAUAGAUCUAAAUCUAUUGCAAUGUUUGGAUAUCUGCUUGGCCCACAAAUUAAAUGGGAUCAAAAAGGUAAACACUGUCAAGUUAAUGUAGGCAAGGCUUAAUAAUAAGCAUAUUUUUCUUAAGACACUGAAAUUAUAAUAAAAUUAAAACUUUCAUUAAGUUGUCUACUGUAAUCUGGGUUUUAUAUACCAGUAAGUUAUUAGAAGAAAAAUUUUUAUUUCAUUUGAUGAUUCAUGAAAUGAACUUUUUAAUCAAACUUCUGUGACUGCAUUACACAAAUUUCAAAUUUUGCUAUUAAAUAUUGGUGAAUAAAAUUGGAUUUAUAAUAAAUUUUAUAUUAUAGUUCACUAACAUACCAUCACCGUCCACCUGGCUGCCCAACUACAACCAGAAAGGCAGGUUACUGGAUGGUCUGUUUGGAAAUGGGAGGCAAGAUCUUCUGUCUUACACCUGUCGAGGGCUACAUUUAGCUCCUACCCAGUAUUGCAAGAUCCCUGCUGAAUUUUCUCAAUUUAAGGUGAGAAAAAUCCUUAAGCUUUCAAAAUUUUUGCCAUUGGUAUUGUAAGUUUGUAUUGAAAAUGGCUGCCUACCACCUUAUCAUGUGUAUAAAGUCCAUUGAAUAUCUAUUAUGAUUGUUCCAAAAAAAAAUCUUAAUUUUAGAAAUGGUCAAAAUACAUUAAACAAGAGUAAUUUUUUAUUAACUUCAAAAGGCCAUUUUAUAAUAUAUUAUAUAAAUAUGUAUAUAUAAUUUGGGUUUGUUUAGAAUCACAUACAAAUGGUUUUAUCUUUUUUUUCACGUAACUUCACAGAGAUAGCACAUGGCUUGAUCAAAAUAGGUAGUUAAAAUUUAUGAAAACUAGUUGGAUAUUUGAUGUUCCAAUUAUGUUAAUAUAUGAAGUGAAAUUUCAAAUUAAAAGCUAUUAAAACGUGUGGCUGUAAAUUAUUUCAAGUAGAGAGCAGUAAUGUAUAGAAAAUAAUUCUCUACCCUUCAUCUUCAUCAGAAAGUUGAUGAUUAAAAAAAAACUUAAAUAUUCUUUGCAUUAAGAUUUUUUUUCUUCAUCAAUCAGGAAAAAUUUGUAAAGUACCAUCCGCUUGGGGAUACUCAUGCAUCAGAUCUGUGUGCAGAGUCUCAAAUCAGGCUUAAGGAAAUAGCUCAUGAGCAUUUGAAAAGGGUCUUGAGGGAAUGUAAUGUUAAUUUUGUCAAAAAUAAGCCCAAGAAAUACCCAGGUAAGUAAUCUGCUCAAAACAUGAUACAAACAAAAUAACUGUUAAAAAAAACUUUAAAAAAAAAAAUAUGCUGCUACCUUAGAGUCAUCUUCAGCGAUAGAUUGAAUCAUUUUUUUAUCUUUACCCACAUUUAUAUCUUUUAAAAAAUUAUGGGUCUGUACAACUUAUUGAUUUGUAGCUAAUUAAUAAUUAGUAAGUAUUUUUGAAUAACUUGGAUGCUAAAACGUUAACAUAUUUUUUUAAUUAUUUUUUAAAAAUUUCAUUUCCAGAUAUGGGAAUAUUUAAGUCACCUCUUCUGGCACAAGUAGAGAGGGAUGUUUUGUACAAAAAGAGUAUUAACAGAGUUCCAGCUCUCCUUCGCUAUGUAAGAAUUUUAUUUUUUAACUGAAAAUAAAUUGAGAAUAGUGAAGUUGAAAAUUAUUCUAUAGAGAAUUAUUUGAAAUGAUGCAAGUAAUGAGAAGAAAAUAAGUACAUAUGUUGUAUUAUUUUCAGAGCAAAUGAAAGCAAGCAUCAGUUUUUAAGCCAAGGAAAAGUAGAGCCUUGCGGAUAAUUAGCAACUGUUCCCUAAUAAGUAUUUUAAACAUAGGAUUUGACUUUUGCAGCGAAUAAAAAGUAUAAACCUUAAAAAAUAGUUUAGAAUCCACUUAAAAUUUCAACUGUGCAAGCUAAAGUAUGAGCUUAUGUCAACUGACAUAAUGAAGUACAUGAAGUACUUUGUGACCUCCCUGACCCCUCACUCUCCCUGAUGCCACCCCCCCCCCCCAACCGCCUAAUAUUCCUUUCCUUAAACACAAAUUUCUACCUCUCUUCUAACUUCCUCACCUCUACUCUUUCCACCCAAAUCCCACCUCCUUUAACUCUCUAAUUUUUUCCCCCCCUCCCCCCCCCCCCCCCCUACUCCCCCCCCCCCCCCCCAACCGCCUAAUAUUCCUUUCCUUAAACACAAAUUUCUACCUCUCUUCUAACUUCCUCACCUCUACUCUUUCCACCCAAAUCCCACCUCCUUUAACUCUCUAAUUUUUUUCCAUCGUUCCUUUCUCAUCAUUCCUCAACUCCCUACCUUCUCUACCACCCUGGUGACCAUGCUUGACUCCCUCACCCUUUCCACUACUUAUACUUACUCCCCCACCAUUUCCACCACCAAGGUAACCAUACUUGCCUCUACCACACUGGUAACUAGAAUUCACUUCCCCACCCUCUCUACCACCCUGGUAGCCAUACUUGCCUUCCCCCGCCCUCUCUAUCACCUAGGUAGCAGCACUUGACACAACCGCCCUCUAUACCACCCUGGUAAAUAUACUUCACUUGCCACCCACUCUACCCUACUUGUAGACACUUUUGCCUCCCCCACCCUCACAAUUCCUCUCUACCACCCUGGUAACUAUACUUUGAUCCUCUGCCAUUACCAUGUGGUACAACCUUAAAAAUUCUUGAUUUAAUUCUAAAUCAAGUUUUAGGUAAAAAUGACAUCAUUGAUUCACUAUUCUAGUCAGUAAGGAUUGUAACACUUCGUGACUUAAACCAUUAUAAAAUGUUCUAAUUUGAUUUUUGGGGGGGAAAUGUACAAAUUAUAUCAAAGUUUAGUUUUUUAGGCCUUAUGGUAAGUGAAAUAUUUAUUUGUUUUGAAGUAAAGCAUUGGGAUAAAGAAAUUGAUUGUUACUUUAUUUAAUAUGUCUAAAUGUUACAAUUUUUUCCCCUUGUUCUUCUCUGUCAGUUCAUCACGGAGAUUGUUCAAAGAGAUUUGGAUACAGUAGGAAUAUUCCGGAUGUCUGGCUCUCACCCCAGAAUACAGGUGAGAUGUUGUUAUAAUUCUUUCCACCAGCUUCAAGUGUGUCUUUUUAGUUUAAAUACUGGCAUUAAUGACCUGAUGAUGAUAACUACACCAUUGAACAUGCACCAACACUUCCCAUGUACUAUAAACCAUGUAUCAACACCUAUGAUGUACUACCAAACAUGUUUCAACAGUUAUGAUAUACCACCAAACAUGUACCAGCACUAAUGAUGUACCACCAAACAUGUGUCAUCACUUAUGAUGUACCAACAAAACAUGAUGUACCACCAUGUGUCAACACCUAUGAUGUAGCACCAAACAUGUACCUACACUUAUGAUGUAGCAUCCAACAUGUACCAACACUUAUGAUGUAGCAUCAAACAUAUACCAACACCUAUGUUGUACCACCAAACAUUUGGCAGUGAGCAAAAAUUACAUAGUAACAAAGCGGAGCCUAAAAUUACAAUUUUCUUAAGGUAAAAAAAAUUAAGAAUCGUGUGGGACCAAUAUUUUUGACAUUAAAUUAUAGACAUUAUUGAGCAGCAAGAGUGUUUAAGACCCUUUCAAAAAAAAUUAGAGCCCCUCAAAAUUUUAGAUCAAUAUUUAGCUUCAUAUCCACACAUAUCUUUAAAUAUUUAUAUAGAAAAUAAUAAGACUAUGAUCCUUCUAAGAAAAACUAAGUAACAAGUUUGGUUACUCCUGAUAUCUAUUGGAAGAAAAUAUUUUAGUUGCUUUAACCAAAUUUGAGGUGCUACCUGUACAGGGAUCUUAGAGGUCGUUUCAUGCUCAAUAAAUAUAAUUUCCUCACCACUGAGUUACCCUUGGGAGAGUGUAGGUCUUAUAUGGUUCUGCAAAAUGUAUCAGUUUUAAGAUUUUGCUCCUAAGUUGAACAAAACGUAACAAAGGACUGGAAACCAGUAUACACGGAAAAACAAUACCAAAGCUAGUGAUCUUACCAAAAUAGAAUUUUAUUAUAUUAAAUGAAUUUUAAAAAUACAAAAUUAAAAAAAGACAGAAAUAAAAACUAUAUUAACUUACAGCACAGCAAGUUAAAAAGUAUAAUCCUAAAAAUAUACAAAUAUUAAUAUAACACACAAAGAGUAAAAUCUUGUAAUUCUCCUAUAAGUAUAUUAAUGUGUCUAGUGUCUAAGAAAUCUAGCAAAGAAACCUCUUGAAAUUUGCAUUGCAUCAACAAAUGCAUUCUUUAGGGCAAAAUAGAAUGUAAACAAUCUUUUCACAAUUAAGGGAGAGGAAAAUGUAGUAGAGAGCUACACAUUUAAUCAGUGACCUCAAUGUCAAAAAAGGGGGUUGGGUUGGGGGGUGGGGGUGGUGAAUGUGGUGAACAAAACUUAGGUCAAUAAACAGGAUAUAACAGUAAGUUCUAAUUGGGAAGGGGGGGGAGGAGGAGCAAAACUCCUUUCUGAUCAGCUACUGACAUUAGAACUAUUGCAAUUAGACGGGUGACUGAUAUUUGUAUUGUAACAUCCAUUGGCAAACGCUGUAGUCUUAAGAUUUUAAAAGAAAACACUUAAAUUUUCUCUCAGGUCAUAAUUAUUAAGAGUGCCAGCAGUAAAGCAAUUUUUUGUUUGUUAUGACAGGUAAUAGAGUAUUCUUUAUGCAUAACAGGUUAAAAUAUUAUCCUUCCAACAGGAAUUAAAAAGCAUUUUGGAAAAAAAAUUCUAUGAUCCUGCUGUUAUAGAUACAUCCAAAUAUGAUAUUCAUGACUUUACAACUCUAAUGAAAGAAUAUUUGCGUGAACUACCAGCAAAGCUGAUAUCAACCGAAAAAUUUGAAAUCUAUCCAGAUAUUGAAGGUAUGAGUAAAAAUAUUCAAAUUAAGCAUUAACUAACUAAUAUAGUAAAGUUAUGAGUUUAUCUGGACCAAAUUAACAUUUUGUAAGCUAGAAAGACUUUACAGUUUAUGUACUACUUAAAAUAAUAUUAAAAUUUCUUUUUGGUGUAUCGACCACUCAACUGUUAAAGGCUUAAAAUACUUUUAUGUUUUAUCGGUCACAUAUUACUUUCUGGUGUAGGACUAUGCCAAUUAUUAUAGUCACAAAAAAAUCUAUUAUAGGUUAUUUGCCAGUUUUUCUCCAGUUAAAUCAAGUCAAAUGUCUGUCUAGAUCUUUUUUCAACUAAUUGUAGAGUUAAUAAAGACGUAAGAAUAACAACAAUUCAUCUCAUUUCAGAAUUGCCCUUUAAAAAAAAACAAUAUAACAUUAUGAACUACUUUAUGCUGAGCAUGACACCAGAACACAGAGAAACAACUCAGGUAAAUAUAGAACUCGAGAGUAACACUACAGAUCAAUAUAGAACACUGCAAAUAAAUAGAGAGCAUGUAGAAACAUUAAGGUAUUUAUAAAAGGCAUAGAUGUGCUACAGGUAAAGCGUUCUUCAAAAUGUUACUUUUGGGUUGUUUAAAAUUGUUUUUAUUUAUAUAGGUCCCGUUUUACUUUACGUAGCUUCGUAGCUUAGUAAUGCCACUAGGGCUAUGUAAUCUACACCAAUCUCACUCCACACUCACUCUAACCUUCAAUGACACUCUCACUCGCUCUCUUCUAUUAAUGCUAUCACUGUACUAAGAAACACAGGUGGUUCAGGCCACAAAUAAAUAUUUAAUUAUAAACAGAAUUAACGACACACAUACACAUAUAAAGCAAUGACUAAUAAUACUGUCUAAUACUUAAUGCAAUUUGCGAUGGACUAAGUAGCAGUCAGGCUCCACAGCACACAUGCAGCAGCCUUGUUUGUUUGGCCUCUCUAUCUGGUCACAGCGCACUGCGAGUCUCUCGGUGGCGUAACUGGUCUCCGGUCACUCGCGCUGCGAUAUGGUAGGUGUAGACUCUUACACUUUAAUGGUGGGCACAGACACACACAGCCCUCUCACUGGUCACUGUGCCAUCUCUGCUACUGUAGUACGCCUCACCUACAUUUGGUUCUUUUUGUUUAGUCUGACCCUAAAUGACCGACUCCACUGACUCAACUGCACUGAGUGGUCUUUCCUUUAUGGUAUACUAUACCGACUGUACUAAGUUCUAUUGUACUCAACUGUACUGACUUUAAAUGAGCUGACUAUACUGAGACGAAAGUCAACUAUACUAAUUGUACUUACUCAAACUGUACUCGUACUAACUCAAACGCGCAAGACAUAGCUAAGAAUUAAAAUCACAUUAUUAAUAAUCAAUCAUAAUCUAUAAUCCUAACAGUUCUUAAUAAAACUACAACAUAUGAAAAUUAACAAUAGGAACCUAGUUAAUUUUUGGAUAAACAAACUUUAUCACAACACAAUAACUAUCCAGGGUCUGCUGACUGACAACUUCAGGUGAAAGAGGGCAAUAAAUGAUGGGACCCUUUAAUGUAUACUCUAAGUUUGGCGUCCUGUCCUGCAUUCAAGCGUCUGAUGCUCUGACUAGAAACGCAUUGUUUAAGCUGGGUCAUGGUUAAGGUGGCCAGGUUAAUUUCCAUUGUUCAUUGAGUCAUUGCUAUUAGUGUAAGGUGGGGUAGUGAUGGAGCGAGUGUGAGUCAGCGGGUCUCACUAAAGGGGAGGGGGGGGGGCAGAGGAUCUCAACAAUAGUCUGCUAACAGGCUCAGGUCUGCACAACAUGAUAAUGUGAGGUCAAAUAAUAGAAAAAAUAAUUAUAUCCUGCAACCGUUUCAAACUUGUCCAGCAGUCCACAAAACUUUGGGGAAACACUGAAUUAAAACAUUGAAUAUAUUACAAGUAAAUUAAAAGCACAGAGAAACACAGCAGGUAAAUGUAAAACACAGAAACACGUCAGGUAAAUGUAAAACACAGAGAAACACGGUAUGGAAAUGUAAAGCACAGAGAAACACGGUAUGGAAAUGUAAAGCACAGAGAAACACAGCAGGGAAAUGUGUAGAGCACAUUAUGAUAUAAAAAAUGUAAUGUUUAAGAUCCUAUUAAAUUGAUAUUUUCUUUGCAAGUAAAUGUAUUUGAAUAUUUGUCAUAUUAUAUAUUAUUGUUUGUUUUCUUUAAAACUUUUUAGUUUCUGUUAUAGAUGUAAAAGUGGAGGAUGCAAAAAAAAUGAUAAAUUAUUGUGAUAUUUUUCAAAAGCCAAAGACAAGUCAUAUUAUGAAAUUUUAACAGCAGUAACUUGUACAAUAUGAAUAUAAUGAAAAAACGUUGGCUUAUUGAAAUACAUUUUCUUUACAUUCAAUUAAAAAUUUAAUAGAGAAAUCAGAGGAUAAAUGUAAUUUUUUUAAUGAACCAAUUUUCUUCCCUCAAGCCCUAUUGUACAUUUGUAGAAUGAAAUUAUUACAUCCUCCCGUAAUAUUUUUACAGUGAACAUAUAGUGUGCUUUAAAAUUAUCUUUUGUAAUGGAAAUUUUCACUAACCAACAUUUUUUAAAAUAUUAUUUUGGUUAGUACCUUUUGAGCUUUUUAGAAGAAGUGGCAAACCACAGUGACAAGAACAAGAUGGGUCCUGAUAACUUAGCUACAGUGUUCGCACCAAAUGUAUUUAAAAUUGGAAAAAUAAAAACUGACGAAUUACAAAAUAGAAUGCAAAUACACAACAGGAUGUUUGCAGCAUGGUUAUAUUACUACCGGCACAUCUCCAUUGUAAGUUACCUUUUUUUCUUAUUUUCUAUUUUCUUAUUUUUAUAUUCAACUACAUCUCUCCCUUUGAAAAUCAUCAGUUACAGCUAAAUAAGAUAAGGUCUCCUAAAAAAUAGUUACAUAGCUUUAAAUCUCUUCUGAUAUUCUUACAUGCAAAUCUCUCUAGAGUUGGUUAAGCAAUUGUUAAUCUCCUCAGAUAUACUCAAAAACAUCAAAUCUCACCUGAGAUUGUUUAAAAGUCAUAAUUCUCUUCAAGGGCUUUAAAUAUAUUUAAAUCUAUCCAGAGAUGGUUAAAUAUACUUCUAAAUUAAUAAUGAGAUCUUGGCUUGUCUCUCAUAUUCCACCAAUAAAAGUCUUUAACUGAUAGACAAAUAAAAUCUAUUCUUGCUUUUGUUUAUUCUUCUUCUAUCUCUUAACUUGGUUAAAGGGGAUUGCUCUAUUUAAUUAAAAUUGUGUACUAAAUAAAGUCCUAAAAGAUUGGAAUGAAAUUUUAGUAAAUGAUCUGUACCUUCUGAUUUCUAUUACCUAUUUAGGUAUCAGAUCUGUUAAUGAAUGAUCUGAGGAAAUCAUUUGGUAGCAAACCAGCUAAAAUAAAGUUUGUAAGUAACGUUUCUACAGAUGCAUAUAGAAGACUUGCUAUUUGCAGAUGAAUAUUACUUUUUUUUUUAAUGAUAUUAGAAAGAUAUAACCUAUUUGACAAUGGGCAGAAAAUCUGAAGGGGACCUGGGGAGUCCCUUUUUAUAAGUCCUCGAAUUCGGUUGUGGCAUCUCUAGAGGUUCCCCAAGGGCUAAUCCAAUUCUACAUCUAAUUCCACAUCUCUGGUACUAAAAUUUUCCUAACGCCCCCCUCUGUAUAAAUGGACAUUAACUAACCAUUACUGUCACUGUAACUUUCGUACUAGCCUCAUCACGGUGUAAUCUGAUAUGCUGUAACCGUUGGUCCGUUUCUCCCAGGUCUGAACUGGUACUAAAAUUUACCUAACGCCCCCCUCCGUUUAAAUGGACAUUAGCUAACCACUACUGUCACUGUAACAUUUGUGCUAGCCUUGUCACGGUCUAUUCUACAACCAUUGGUCAGUCUCCAUACUGUUGGGACGCUUAAAUUUAUUAUUUUUUAAAUUUAUUUAUGUAAAGAAAAUGAAUAUGUACAAUUCUCCAUUUAUUUGGAUCAAUAAAUAAUCUUUUCUUAUCUAUCAACUCUUAUUACCUUUAAGGGAUUGUAUCUUAAAUUACAUUACUUUUGUCAUUUUGUUUUUAACUCUAGGAUUCUAAAUUGUUUCCUCAACUACCUAAACCUCCAGCUGUUCCAGAAAAUUUGGUAAAGUUAUUCAUAAAAUUAUUCUUAGAAUCUGUUCUAAUUUAGUUAUUUUAAAUCAUUUAACAAUUUUUCAUCAAAGAAUUAAUACAUCAAACUUCUAUGUAUAAGAGCUUAGAAACUUUAAAGAAAUAAAGAAUCUCCAAAACUGUUAUUCUGCUAGACCAUUAACUGAAAUACACUUGGUAGAAUGUCAUGAAAGUGAACAUAAUGUAUAGUAUAAAUAUGGAAUAAGUGGGUUAAGAUUUAAAUAGAUGUAACAUGUCUUCUUUAUUGUACAGGAAAGUCUUACUGAUGCCACAAUUACUGUACUGACUCCCUAUGAGGCGCAACCUUCAAAGGAGAUAAAAAUUGGAGUGACACACACAGCACAACAAGUUGUACUUGAAGUAUUAGGAAAGUAAGUGGUUCACUAUAACAGUUUUUUUUAGUCUAGACCAGGGGUCUCAAACUCAAACCAUCAGGGGGCCGCAGGAGCUAGAGUCUGAGUGAGACUGGGCCGCAUGAAGUAUAAAAAGAGCAAUUAUUACAAAUUCAAUAAAGUACAACUGGUACAAUCUGCUGAACCUUUAUUAAUAACAAAAUAAAAUAUUAAGGGUUCUCAAGAACUAGGCUUCACUUCUUCCUCCUACUCCUUGUUGCCAGAGACCUACCAGCACUUCUAGCAGCUGAGUAACAUUUGGCUUGAGUGAGGAAGCAACCGAGACCCUCAGUAUAGCUUAAAGAUGCCCAUCAGUAAGUUUGGCCCUGAACUUUGACUUGUUAAAUUUCAUAAUGGGAAAAGAUCUUUUCACACAGAUAGAUACUCCCAAAAAAGGCACAUGGUACACUUGAGCAACCUGGAAAUCUCAGUGAAGGUGGAGGGCAAUGCUCUCAUAAAUUGUCCAUACUUGUUUGUUUCUCCUUGAACUUAGAAUUGCACUGAAGAUCAAUUAGCUAUAUUUGAUGUGCAAGUGGUGGGUUGGGAUGGGGGCAUCUUCCAGAUUAAGGCGAAAAGUGGCUCUGUGUGGUUUGAAGUCUAUAAACAUGUGAUAAAAUUCUUCCUGUAGCUUUGCAAUGGCAUCAGUAUACCUACUACUGAAUGGUGUCCAUGAAUCUAUGAGUACAUUUCAUUUUGGGAAGUGUCAGAAAUUUCUCUUAGAACCAUUAACAGUUUUGUGCAGAAUGCCCUGACAUUAUCAUAGGCAACACUGGCAAGCUGCCACUAGUUACGUAACUUCUUGUUGAGUAUGUUCAGCUCCUGUGUAAUGUCAACAAGAAAAACCAAGUCCAUGAGCCGUUUGGGAUCACUUAGUACAGGAAAAACCACCAUCCUUCUCCGUGAAGGCUUUAAAUGCUAAUAUGUGUUCAGACAGUUGGCAGUAUUUAUAAAUUAUUGAUGCGAAGGAAGAUGCUGUUGUAGGGAGAAUAAAUUUUGAUUUUUUAUCUCAGAAAAGGCCUUUUUGGCUAAUCCCUAUUUUUAAAUGGAACCUAGCUGACAUGCUCGGAAUUUCCCUCACUCGUUAACAGUAAGGGCAAUUUUACUAGGGAUUUUUGUAUACUGUGUCAGAUUGCUACGAUUUACACAAUUAUGGUUGUGUAGAUUCUGUCAGAUUGCUACAGUUUACAACAUGGUUGUGCGGUACCCAUUCACUGACUUUUUAAACUUUUUUAAAAAAACGCACUUUGGCCACGUUUGUCUCAUGAAAUGCUAUAAAAUGAAAACUUUUAGUCAAAUUUUAAACAGUUUUUACCAUUAAAAUCAACGUCUAAAUCUAUACAAACAUAAUAAAAAUCAGAAUGAGACUAGUCUUGAAAUUCCACUGAACUGUCUCAGAGGGUCACAUUAUAGACACUAUAUUUUAUUUUUUUGUACACUAAACUUUGCUGUCAUGUAGCUGGCCUUUUGUGUUGAUGGUCAAAGAACACCACUUUUAACAGAAGUUCUAUCUUUUGGCUGCAUCUGUGGGACCUGUGUGUGAGUCUGGUUUCUUAUUUAUUGCUCUGCAUCAGUUCUUUUUGGUCUUCUGAAGUUUUUUUAAAACUGGUCUGUAUAUCUUGGUGCUAUUCUGGAAGUGAGUUUGGUGGCAUUUUACGAACAAGGCCAAACAUUCUUCAGUCUCAUAACCCUGUAUGGUUUCCCAUCUCGUAAUUAGUUCAGUAACCUUCCCUUAUUCAGUUCUGAUGGCAAUUUUGCAUUGUUUUUAUUUCUGUAGUAGAAGUGUUUCAGAGUGUGGGUACAGGUUGAAAAAAAAAGGAAGGGGGUGUGGGGUGGGCAUGUUCAGUCAUCCUCCUUUACCCUGACUAGCUACAGGCUGUGGUGGAGCUUUACAUUUAUUUUAUUUACGUUACCAAAUCAAAUAUGAUAGGCCUACAUUUUGAAAUGGAGUUAUUCCCCUUUGACUAAACUUAGAAAGGAUUUGCAUAUUUACAUGAGAUAUAAGUUAGGCAGGACUGAUUUUGAACAUUUUAUGAUUAAAAUGAGUUUCUUAAUUUAAAAAAUAUAAAUAUUAUUUUAUUUUUCAAACAGUAAUCCUCCGGCUGAUGGUGCAGUUGCUGCCGGUGGAGCCGAGGCCGGUGGAGCUGAGGGUGGAGCUGUGGGUGGAGCUGAGGGUGGAGCUGUGGGUGGAGCUGAGGGUGGAGCUGUGGGUGGAGCUGAGGGUGGAGCUGUGGGUGGAGCUGUGGGCGGUGCAGAGCAACCUGUUGGAACCGUAUCCUCAUGUUACUUCACUACGUAAAUAUUAAACCAAAACCAGAUAACUUAAAGAUAUUUAAGGUGCUUGUGUGUGUACUCCAAGUCAUACAUUUAAUUGAUUUAAUUUUUUAAUUUAGAUUUUAAAAUGUGUAAAAUGUUACGCUCAAUAUUUAAUUUAAAAAGUAAGUUUCUUUUAGUCUGAGACUUGCUACAUCGUUAUUUCCUUAAUUAUAAUUAAUAACUGGGGGUGUUAUAUUUUUAUGAAUUUCUUUUUACUAUACAAAUUACAGUAUAAAAAUUUAUAAUAUUUUUUGUCUUUAACCAAAACAGGCAAGAUUUUGAACGUGGAGAUGAAAAAGCAAAGCAAUAUUUGUAUGAAGUUGGUGGGAACAUGGGUAAUUUAAAAGUUUUUAAAAUCUUUUAUAAAUUUGUUUCCCAUUAAUGUAUAAGUCUUAAUUAUUAAGACUGUAUGCGCCAAGAUUUAAUACUGUAGUAAAUCCAAAUUUAAAAUAGAAUUUUUUUUAAUUGACCAUGAGCAUUUGGUUUCUAUGCCUUGCCUUAAGCAAAAUUCCUUCUUGUAUUCGUUGUAUUCAGUGAACUGCAUCCGCUUUUUAUAAAUUACCAAAAAGACCAAAAGAUUUUAAAAGAAGGCCGUCAAAAGUUUGCGUUAGAUCGCAGGACCCAACUUGUUUCUUAGUAGGAAGCCAAUUUUUUAAUGGCAAAGUGACCCAAGACUUCAUUUUAUUGAGGAAAAGUCACCUGCACCUCCCAACAUAUUAAAACGUUUUUCUUAUUAAGGUAAAAGAAAAUAGUGCAGAUAAAUUGCUUUAAAAUCACUGAUGGUUUGAAGAACUGAGGCUUGAGAUAAUGUUCAGUUGAAGCCUCCAAAUGAACUGAAAUAGCAUAAUUUGUUGACUGUGUAUCACCUAAGUGACUCCCUCCUUACUCACUAAGUAAUCCAUAUCCAUUACUCUCUAGCAUGGGGAUAUUGACCAAAUUAAAUUACAUCUUACUUUUCCAAAAACAUUAAGAUUUCUUUUUCAUUAUUAAUUUACAAUAAUAAUUUAAUAUGUAUAAAAUGACAGCUUUAAAAAAACAACUUAUCAAGUUGAACUUAACUUUAGACUUCUCCUUUAUUCAGUAUAAAUUCUCUUUUUGACCAAUUUUCCAAAACACCCACAGGGAGGAGCGGAAUUUACCCAUGUGGAGUACCUGUAUUUACCAGUUAUUAUAAUAUAAUAUUAUAAAUCAAAUGUAAGGACAUUACAUUAUGUUAAUCAUUAAUACUUAUUAUACUGUUAUAAUAUUUCUUUUCUACUUCAGGUGAAAGAUGCCUCCAUCCUGAUACAAAUUUGCUGAAUGUCUACAAAGCUAACCCCAAAGCUUACUGGAUAGUGAAGUCUCUUGGAAAACCACCUUCACAUGUGGUUAAAAAAUUUAAACUAUUCAAGUGAUCGAUGGCCAUGGAACACAACAUCCAUUAUAAAGUGUGGCUAACUUAACUAAGGUGUAGGUUAAGCAUCUGUUUAAUAUCAAAAAAUAGAAUAGGGCAGUCAAUAUUAUUUUUAAAAAUUUCUUUGCUACAUGAAGAGUGAAGCAUUUUCACUAAAGUAGAAUGUACUAACAUAAGUACAUUUAGUACCCAUUUAAUAUCAAAAAUACAAUAGGGCAGUCAAUAUUGUGUUUAAAAAUUUCUUUGUUGUAUGAAAAGUGAACCAUUUUCACCAAAGUAAUGUACUAAAAUUUGCAGUAAGAAACUAUUUUUUUUAACUUUUAAAAAUAUUUUUUGCACUGAUUGUUACAAAUGGAGUGACUUGGAUUACAUCUAGUAGAGUGACUAGUGUAACUAUGCACACCACAUUUAUCAUCUGAUCAAUAAACAGCAAUCAUAA